AUGUCUGAUUCAUCAUGUUGGCUUCCAUUAGAAUCGGAUUCUGAAAUAUGGCAGUCAUAUUUAGAAUGUCUAGGUGUUAAAAAUGAUUCUUUACAAUUUAUUGAACUAUAUAGUCUCGACUAUGAUUCAUUAAAACAAACAUCAGAAGAAUAUCCUAACAUAUUUGGAUGUAUUUUUCUAUAUCCAGAUAUAUCAACAAAACAACAAGAAAAAGACGAAAAUGAUUUAAAAUUUGAUGUUUGGUUUUUAAAACAAAUCAAUACUUUAGGAAAUGCUUGUGGUCUUAUAGCAUUAUUACACUGUUUAGGGAACAAUUUGAAUCGAAUUGAUUUAAUACCAACAUCGUUAUUAUCUAAUUUCUUUAGUAAAACAAGCAAAUGUAAAUCUGGUAUUGAACGUGCAAAUGUAUUAGUAAAUGAUGAAAAUAUUCGCUCAUGUCAUGUUAAAUAUGCCCAACGUGGAAGUACAGAAGCGCAAAAUGAUCAUGUCGAGUUUCAUUAUGUGGCUUAUACUAUUGUAAAUAAUUCGUUAGUCGAAUUAGAUGGAUGUAAAGAGAAACCAUACAUAAUUUGUCAAAAUCUUAAAGAUAAAAAUAAGUUUUUAAUUGAAGUAGGUGAUAUUGUCAAAAAUAAAGUAAAUGAAAUGAAUGGUGAUAUUAGAUUUAGUUUAAUUGCUCUAGCCACAAAAUAA